AUGUUGCGCUUGGCCGGUGCUAGUGUUGCGCGCUCAUUUGUCAGAAGCUAUGCAAAAGACAUCAAGUUUGGAGCAGAGGGCAGAAAAGCUAUGCUCGUUGGUGUGGAUUUGCUUGCCGACGCGGUCUCAGUAACUAUGGGUCCCAAGGGCAGAAACGUGAUCCUCGAGCAAUCAUGGGGAAGCCCAAAAAUCACGAAGGAUGGAGUCACUGUUGCAAAGGCUAUUGACUUGAAGGAUAAGUACCACAACAUGGGAGCCAAACUCAUUCAGGUAAAAAGCUUUCUUUACCACUGUUCGCAAAGAUCGCAUGUUCGUUGUAUGGGUGUCAGUACCCACCAGAUAUUUCUGGUAAGGCUAUACUAUCUGAAAUUGAGCACAUGCGAGACUUCACGAAACACAGUUACGACUUGA